AUGGCAUAUGAAGGUGCUGUCCUUUAUCUCCACAAUAGCAACCAGGAACCUGUUUUUUUUUCCACGACAGUAGUCGGUAACGUUUAUCAAUGGCAGAUUACAGGGAUUAGAGAUAAUGAUUACAUCAAAUAUUUUGGCCCUGAUUAUUCAUUGAAGCUUCCUGGCGGGCACAUAGAGAACUUGAAUAGCAAAUCAUACAUUGGCACCAUAAAAAUGCAAGUAAUGGAAGAUCUUCGUUGCAUCCAGCAUGCUCCUGAUGUACAAAUGAAAGAAGUACCACCCGACUUCUAUAUUCCUGAUUUUGAUGAAGAUGACCAAAAUCCAGACGAGCGUGUGGAUCAGCACACCCAAGAUAAGCAUAUCCAGCGUGACGAUGAAUAUUAUGAAGGCGACCAUGACAAUGAUAACCACAUGGAUGAUGCUUAAAUACUAGAGUAUGAUGUAGUUAGGUUCGUCUAUGUGUCCAUUCUUUUGUCUAUUAUAGAAAAGGCAAUA